AGUUUCAUUUCUCAUCGAUCUGCAUUACGCAGUAUAGUCUUCCAAGUCUUCAGAAAUAUGGGUUCCUUUUCAAAUUUAAUGACAACAAGACGCAACAAAAUGCUGCUGCAAUUGACGAUUUCGGCUUUACUUAUUAUGAGUAUUAAAUGUAUAAGUAUAGAAGAAUUAAAAAUACAAGUAAACGAAGGAAAAUUGAUCGGCGUGAUUGUAGAUGGUUAUAAUGUUCGUUACCUUGCUUUUCGUGGAAUACCAUAUGCCAAACCUCCAGUUGGCGAACUUAGAUUUAAGGAUCCGGUACCACCAGAACCAUGGUCCGGUUAUAGAGAUGCAUCGAAGUAUGGAAACAUAGCGAUUCAAACGGAUUUAAGACAGAUAAUUAUAGGAGAUGAAGAUUGCCUCUAUUUAAAUGUGUACACCACAAAAAUCGAACUCUCAAAAAAGCGUCCAGUAAUGGUAUGGAUACACGGCGGUGCCUAUAGUUCAGGUUCUGGUGAUGCUACUAUUUAUGGUCCUGAUUAUAUCGUGCAGAAAGAUGUAAUAUUGGUUACUCUGAAUUAUAGAUUAGGCGUUAUGGGUUUUUUGAACCUCAACGAUGAAGUAGCAGCAGGUAAUCAAGGUCUGAAAGAUGUGGUCUUAGCAUUAAAAUGGGUUCAAAACAAUAUAUUACAAUUUGGUGGAGAUCCAGGAAAUAUUACUAUCUUUGGAGGAAGUGCCGGCGGAGCCAUCGUACAUUGUCUAGCUCUGUCUCCAUUAGCUAAAGGUUUAUUCCACAAAGUGAUUUCACAAAGUGGCGUCAUUUUAAAUCCUUGGGCCUUCAAUGAAUGGACGGACGUAGGUUUUCGGCUUGUCAAAAAGCUCGGAAAGGAAACAUCAGAUCCAAAAGUCGCAUAUGAAUUUUUAAAAACGAUAGAUGCAAAAACACUUAUGAGAAAUUCACAACGGUCAAUUUUCACAGAAACAGAGAAAUUAAGUUUUACCAUGUCCCUCUUCACACCUACUCUGGAUAUUAAGUCAUCGAAUCCAUUUUUUCCUGAACAUCCAAGGGAAUACAUAAGCCGAGGAAUUCAAAUACCCUUUAUUUUAGGAUUUAAUCGUAAUGAAGGGAUAUUUCUUUUAAAAGGCAUUGUUUUCGGAGAUAUAAACGAUAAAGACCUGACAAGACUAAAUACUGAUUUUAAAAAAGCAAUAUUACCAAAUACAUUAUCCAGGUUAUUUAAAAUGGGAAUUACUGUCGAGGAACUAAAAACCUUGUAUUUUAAAGGAAAAGCAAUAUCAGAGGAAACUUUGACAAAUUUUGCGGAUUUCUUAGGAGAUCAAUUUUUCGUACGUGAUAUAAUGAAAGUAUGUGAAAUGCAAAAGUCUUUUGGUGGUUACAACUCUACAUAUUUAUAUCAUUUUGAUUAUAACAGCAAAACUUUUAUGAAAACAAUGUUAAACAUCAAAGUUGAUGAAGGAGUGUGCCAUGGAGAGGAUUUAGGUUUCCUAUUUUGCCCAGAGGCAGCAAAAAUGUUGAACUUAUCACUACCUGAACCUGGUUCAGACAAUUACAAAAUAGUAAAUUACUUCACGCAAAUGUGGACGGAUUUUGCUAAAACAGGUAAUCCAACGCCUACUACAAAUUUAUGGUUACCAAUAUCCGGUCCAAAAAACAAAGGCUAUAAUUAUUUAAAUAUUGAUUUAAAUCUGCAAAUGAAAACUUUCUGGAAAGAAAAGGCACGCUGGAAUUGGGAAAAUUGUAAAAAACAUUCUGACAUUCUAUCUACUUAAAAUUAUAUUUUAAAAUUUCUUUC